AUGACUCAAGAGUUUGAGAUGAGCAUGUGUGGUGAACUGAAGUACUUUCUCGGACUUCAAGUGUCUCAGUCAGAGAAAGGUGUCUUCAUAUCUCAGAGUGCAUAUGCUAACAAUUUGGUAAAGCGAUUUGGUAUGGAGAACUCCAAAGUGUCCAAGACACCCAUGAGUACAUCACUGAAGCUGGCACGAGAUGAAGCAGGAGAAGAUGUGGAUGUCAAGCUCUAUCGAGGGAUGAUUGGCAGUCUAUUGUACUUAACUGCGAGUCGACCGGAUUUGUCAUUCAGUGUCGGUGUGUGUGCACGAUAUCAAGCUAAGCCAAAGGUAUCACACCUGAAUGCAGUAAAGAGGAUCAUCAAGUACGUCAAAGGAACAGAGAGCUUGGAGAAUAGUGCAGGUGCUGAUUCGGGAUGUACAUAUGAUUCAGAUUGGUUUUGGAACCCGAGAACGCUGUGGAAAAGAGCUGCUUGA